CACAUUUGCAAUAUCUGCAUUUCUACCUGGAUCUGGACAAAACUGUACUGCAUUGGUGUUUUGCAGGACUUUUUUUUUUUUUUAAAUGAUGAAAACAAAGAAAAUGUUAACUCCUCACAUCAUCAUGUUGCUAACAAACUGAGAAGAAGGGAAAAAAUCUAUUUUUCUUAACAAGCAUAAACCAAACUGCUGAGGCAGGUUUAUUACAGCAGAACAUGUCAAUCGUUUACAGGUCACCUGCUCAAAACGGUGGAUGUUUCUCAGAGAUCAGUAAUUUUACUGCGAAAGUGGCCUCUCGUGUUUGUCACGGUUGGAGACAAAGGUCAACUAAUCUUCUUGCACUCUGCCACAAACACUUAGGAUGCUGAAAACUCCAGACAUGCUGCUCCUCUUCCUUCUCGUUGGGGCGGCAAACGCCCUGUUCAAGCAGUGGAUUCCUGACAACAACUAUGAGAACAAAACCAACUGGGACAAGGGAUAUGUUCCAUGCGGUAAUGACAAAGUUCAGUUUCCACUCCAACGAAAGACGUCCGUGUUCGUGGAGACUGCGCACGCUGUGCGGGAGUUGACGUUGCCACUUGAUGGAGAAUUCAUUCUGAAUCCAAAAGCUGGAUUUUAUGUCACAGAUGUACCGGAUCCAAACUGCGGACAAGGUGUCACAGCUCAAUUCAAAGAUUCUGGGUCCCUAAUGUGGUUCAACCCCAAUCUGUGGCAAGUGGCGGCAACUCAGGAAGACUUGCAGAUGGAGAACUUCCUGUUCUCAGUACAUGAAGAGAGUGUGCCUUGCCAAUAUGAUGACGUGGUUUUCAAAGCCCAGUCCUCCUUCAGCGUGGACACCACAUCCAACCAGCAAAGUAUUGCUGUGAAAAGUGUGUCAGUAUUUGGGAAGAUACUCAGCGGGCUCGACUUCGCCUUGUACCUACAAUCAGCCUCAGGACGACUGCAGUUCCACGGAUCCUCAAAGGUCACUCCUUUAGGUGUGGUCUGCGAUGAUCCUUCUGGCUGUGUCUGUGAGAAUUCUGUCAACAAAAACCGGAUCUGUAGCAGCGUCACAUGUCCCUCACUGAAGUGUUUGAAGCCUCUUCAACCUUUAGGUCACUGCUGUGAGGUCUGUGGCGCCAUUGUUACCAUCUCCUACAGCCAGGGCUUUGACCUGAACUUUUACAGAGAACUGAUCAAGCUCAGGUUUCUUGGACAGCCAAUGUAUAAAUCCAUUCAGAUGGGCAUGUCAAAAGUUGUCAAACCCACACGGUUCAUGGGGAUCCCGUUCGGAACCUCAGCACAGAUCCAGGUGGUCCUCGUGGAUGGAGACGGACAGUCGCAAUCAGCCAAACUCGCCCGUGAUAUUACAAAACACGCACACUCUGAAGGCCAAUACUUGGGAAUUACUGGAACUGAAUUUCAAGCCUCAUCUGGAGAAAUCAGCAUUGAUCCAGGACCCAAUGUUGGCAUGAUAGUUGGAGUUGUGAUUGGGGUACUCACUGUAAUUACACUCGUUCUAAUGAUAGUUGUCCUGAUUCAUAAGGGUAUUGUUCAAAUUCCGCCUCUGAGGAUCUUGAGGAAAACCAGUGAUUUUGUGGACCUUGAUGGGCCUCUGGACCAUGGCUUUGAAAAUCCCAUGUUUGACAAACCUACCAUGUUCCCACAUAUUCCUGGUCUGUCCAGCAAUGACAUGAAAAAUUCAAUCUCCUUGACUCAGACAGGUGUGUACUUUAUAAAUCCAGUUUAUGAUGACAGUGAAACUGAUUUUAAUGCCUAAGAUCGACUGAAACAAACUUUAGGUUUGUUAAUCAUUUCCAACAAAUGAAUUAAAUCUUUGAAUUAAAGGCAAAGACAAACUUGAUGAUUUACAAUGCUGUGAAGUGUAAGAAUAGCAUAACUUUAUGAAAACUCAACAUGUUCAAGAAAUGUCUGGCAGAUACUGAUAAAUUUUAAAACUUAAGACAAAGAGACAAUUUUGAAAAAUUCUGGAAGAAAUUGUACUUUUAGCUUCCAUGUCUCUCAAAUUAAAGACAAAUACAACUGUGAUCAAAUCCAUAUAUAUAUUAUCUCUACCAAACAGGUUCUGAAGUUCAGCAGGUUUAAACUUUAACAACCAGGACCAAUGAUCAGAAAUCAGGAAUUAAGAUAAGGAUCACAGAUCAAAAUAGAAAAUCUGUAAUC